AGCCGGAGCGGUGCUCGCUGAGGCCGUGCGCCGCUCUGCUCCGGCUCGAGCACGCGCCGGUCUUGGCGGCCCGAUCGCUCCUUCUCUCCGCACCCCAUCCACCCUUCCGCGAUCUGGCACAGCAAGCAAUGUCUCUCAAGCACGGCAUCAAGACCGUCGGCGUCGUCGGCAUGGGCCAGAUGGGCAUGGGCAUCGGCUACGUCUCGGCGCUCAAGGCGCAGAUCCCGCGUGUCAUCAUGUGCGAUGCGUCGCCGGCACAGGUGACCAAGGGCGUGAGCUUCUUUGAGGGCCUCCUCGCAAAGGACGUCAAGAAGGGCAAGAUCUCGCAGGAGCAGGCCGACGCCGCCCGCGCGCGCCUCACGGCCGUGGGCAGCAUCGAGGAGCUGGCGGCGUGCCAGCAGGAGGGCGCGGGCAGCAUCGACAUGGUCAUUGAGGCGGCCACAGAGUCGCUGCCCAUCAAGCUCAAGAUCUUCGGCUCGCUGGCGACGCAGCUCCCGCUCGACACCAUCCUCGCCACCAACACCAGCAGCAUCUCCGUCUCCAAGAUUGCCGCUGCGGCCGUGUCGGAGCGUGCCGAGAAGGGCAGUCGGGAGGCAUGGGAGGGCCCGAAGCGCGCACUCGGCCUGCAUUUCUUCAACCCCGUCCCCGUCAUGUCGCUCGUCGAGCUCAUCCCCGCGCUGCAGACGUCGGAGAGCGUGACGGCGCGAGCUCGUGCCUUUGCCGAGGCAUGCGGCAAGACCGUCACCACCUCGCAAGACGUGCCCGGCUUCGUCAGCAACCGCCUGCUCAUGCCAUUCAUCAACGAGGCCGUCAUGUGCCUGGAGCAGGGCAUCGCGUCCAAGGAGGACAUCGACACGACACUCAAGCUCGGCAUGAACCACCCCAUGGGCCCGCUGGUGCUGGCAGACUUCAUCGGCCUGGACACCUGCCUCGCCAUCAUGGAGACGCUCUACCGCGAGACGGCCGACUCCAAGUACCGGCCUGCCGUGCUGCUGGGCCGCAUGGUCGAUGCCGGCUGGUACGGCAAGAAGAGCGGCAAGGGCUUCUACGACUACACAGCAUAGAUGCAAUGGGUAUGCUUGCUCAACGAGGCGCUAGCUGAGGCUGCCAAGCACGCUCCAGUCGACGGGCCGCUGCGCAAAGCGCUGCGCGCCGGUGCUGUCGCGCGCUG